AGCAUUGAGAGCAAUAACUGAUUUUUUAGUAAAUCAAUUCAAUUUUUAAAGUGAAAAAAAAUGUUUUUUUGGAAUAUACUUUUUAUUAUUUUUCUAUUCUGUCUUGCAUUAUAUUCCUAUAUUUCAAGAAAACAGGAAUUAUUUGAAAAAUCAGGUAUUCCAUGUAUAAAACCAUGGCCCAUUAUAGGAAAUAUGGGUCCAAUAAUAAUGCAAAAAAUGUCAUUUGGUCAAUUAUUGGAGAAAAUUUAUUUUAUGAAUACAAAAGCAAAAUAUGUUGGAUUCUUUGAAUUCUCAACGCCAGUUAUUAUGAUUCGUGAUCCAGAAAUAAUUAAAUCAAUUGGAACAAAAAAUUAUGAAAUUUUUUAUAAUCGUCGAGGAUUUGCUGAAGAAGAUCAUAAUUUAAUUUUAGGACAAGAUAUUUCAUCAUUAAAAGAUGAAAAAUGGCGUCAUAUGAGAAAUAUUCUAAGUCCAUCAUUUACUUCAGGUAAAUUUAAACAAUUUUAUAAUUUAACAGCGAAAAAAACACAAGACGCCUUGGAAUAUAUUCACAAUCAGAAUGAAAUGGAGACAGAAAUGAAAAUAUUAUUUCAAAAACUUGCAAUUGACAUAAUGUUUGCUUAUGCUUUUGGUAUAUCGACAAAUUUCAUAAGGGACGAAGGUGUUGAACAACUUGCCGAGGAUCUCAAUGGAAUUAAUCCAGAGAAAGUUGAAAAAUUAAAACUAUUUUUAAUUCAAUGUCCAUUUAUAUUUAAAAUUUUAGGUCUCAAAUAUCUCAGUGAUAAAGCAAGAAAUUAUUUUCAAAAUAUCGUUCAAUUUAGAAUGAAUGAAAGAGAUGGGGAAAAAAAUUUUAAAUCAAAUAUGAUUGAUAUGAUGAUUGACACUCCGGAUAAUGUGGAAAAAUUAUCAAUAAACGAAAUGACAGCACAAGUAUUUAUUAUGUUUGCCGGUGCUUUUCUUACAACAUCCGAUACAUUAUCAUAUUUGUGCUACAACAUUGCAAUUAAUACCGAGGUACAAAUAAAAUUACAACAAGAAAUUGAUUCACUCUCCUAUAAAUAUAAAACAUUAAAUGAUGAAACAUUAUUAUCAAAUCAAGAAAAUAAAAUUUCCCAUAAUGUGACAUUCGAAGAAAUCAUGAAUCUCAAAUAUUUAGAUGCUGUUAUUAAAGAAUCAUUGAGAUUACAUACGACAAUUGUAGCAUUGGAAAGAGUUUGUUCACAAUCAUUUCAAUUACCACCAGCAUUACCUGGUUUAAAACCAUUUACACUAAAACCAGGAACAAUUCUAUCAAUUCCAAUUGAAUCAAUUCAUCGUGAUUCAAAAUAUUUUAAAGAGCCGGAAAAAUUUAAUCCCAAUCGAUUUUUUAAUGUUAAUGAAAAAAAUAUUUUAAAUUCAUAUACAUAUCUACCAUUUGGUGUUGGACCUAGACAUUGUAUUGCAAAUCGAUUUUCCAUACAGGCAUUGAAAAUUAUAAUAUUUUACAUAUUAGCCAAUUGUAAUCUUCAAGUUUGUUCAAAAACGCCAAUACCAUUAAAAAUGAAUAGAAGAAAAUUAACGAAAGCACCUGACAAAAGUAUUAUACUUCAAAUUGAAAAACGAAUCAAUUGUAACGCUAAUGAAUAAUGGGAAAAAAUUAUUUUUUUAACUAAUUUUCAGAAAAAAA